GAAAACUCUCCCCCCACCCCCCCUCCCUUUUUUUUUCCCCAUUUUGUUUUUCUUCUCAUCGUCAAUUCCACUCCUGAUUAAACCCUGUUUCCGUUCACCUAAAAUUCGAUCUCCACCAACAUCGCCGUCGCCAUCGCUAUGGCCGCCGCGUCCUCGUCCUCGGCGACAGUCACCAACAUCAUGCUAGCAAUCUAUGAGAAAAAAACCAAUUCCAUCGACCUCUACCGCCCUCUCCGCCAAUACAUAUGCUUCACAUACUCCGAACGCGAAGCCGUCAACCUCGAAGAUGACCUUUCAACCGUCAAAACCCUCCGCUCUGACAUCGAACGCGUUCCCGACCCAGCCCCAACAACCCGACGCGACCUCCUCAUCUCUUACUUCAAAGCCCUAUGCCUAAUUGAAACCCGUUUCCCAAUUUCCCCCGACAGAGAUCACAUCAAUUCAAUCCAAUUCACUUGGUUUGACGCAUUUAAGCAGAAGCAAAAAGCGGUUCAACAGAACAUCCAUUUAGAAAAAGCCGCCAUUUUGUUUAAUCUCGGGGCGGUUUAUAGUCAGAUUGGCUUGUCUUACGAUAGGGCUACGGUGGAAGGGAGGAGACAAGCGUCUCAUGCGUUUAUCGCGGCGGCUGGGUCGUUUGCCUUCCUCAGAGAUAAUGCGUCGACAAAGGCGUCCAUGGGGAACAGUACGACCGUCGAUUUGUCGGUGGAGUGUGCCGGGAUGUUGGAGAGGUUGAUGUUGGCUCAAGCUCAAGAGUGUGUUUUUGAAAAUACCAUCGCUAAAGGAAGUACUCCUGGAGUUUGCGCCAAGAUUUCUAGGCAGGUUGGAUUAUACUAUGAGGAAGCUUUAGCCGCAUUAAAUGCAGCUCCUUUGAAGGACCAUUUUGAAAAAGCAUGGAUUGCACAUGUGCAGCUUAAGGCAGCUCUUUUUUACGCAGAAGCUUGCUAUAGGUAUGGUUUGGAGCUACAUGAGAAGGAAGAGAUUGCAGAAGAAAUUGCCCGUUUAAGGAGUGGAGUUAGUACUUUAACUGAGGCAAAGAAAUCAUCAAAAGGGGCUCCUGCACAGCUUCUGGAUGCAAUUAGCAAGUUAGAAGUUUAUCUUAAUCGCAACCUGGAGAGGGCUAUGAAGGAAAAUGACAGGGUUUAUCUUAUGAGGGUUCCUUCUCCUAGUUCCUUACCUCCUCUCCCUGCAUUUUCGAUGGUGAAGUCGAUGCAAAUGAAUGAUGUGUUGGAUGCAAGCAAGGAGAAGAUGUUUGCAAGUCUUGUUCCUGACAGCAGUGCAAAGGCUCUUUCCAGGUAUACUGAAAUGGUUGAUGAUGUCAUCAGGACACAGGCUGAGAAAUUGCAGCAAGGAAGUGAGCUAACCCGUGUUAGGCUUAAGGAAAUGGACUUGCCAGAUUCAAUUCUUGCUCUGGAAGGGAAUUUUAGUCUUCCAGAAGAUCUUAAGAAUGAGGUAGAAAAGGUGCAAGCUAGUGGGGGCCCAGCUGGUCUGGAGGCUGAGUUACAACAACUUAGGGAUCUAAGGAGGGUCAAUCAGGAAUUGCUGGUACAGACUGAGGAGCUUUUGCAGAAAGAAGCUGCAGAGGAUGCUCAGUUUAGAAGUCAGUUUGGAACACGAUGGACCAGGCCACAGUCAAGCACUCUGACAAAGUCUUUGCAGGAAAGGUUAAAUAAAUUUGCUGCUAACUUAAAGCAAGCUGGCGAAAGUGAUGUUCGAAUUGAGCGUUCAGUGAGAGAGCAUUCUUCACUGAUGUCAAUCCUUAACCACCGACCGAUAGAAGCUGCCCUACCAAGUCUUUCAAGGCCAAUAAUGUCUUUGGAUGCCAAUGAAGAUGCUAUAGUUGGGGCCCUGAAGCAGAGCUUGAGGCAAUUAGAGACUCUAGGUGCUCAGAGGGCAGGCCUUGAAGACAUGCUUAAAGAGAUGAAAAGAAAGGAUGACAUACUACCUAAGUUGAUGACGUCCACUGGCUCCUAUGAGGAUCUUUUCAGGAAGGAGAUAGCGAAGUAUGAUCACAUUUGUGAGGAAAUUGCCCAAAACAUUGAGGCACAAGAACAAUUAUUGAUGCAAAUUCAGGUUCAGAAUGAAGAGUUUGGUGCUGUCUUUAAUCUUGAAGAUUAUAAAGCAUCACGAGAGAAGUGUUACAAACAAAUUCAAGCAGCUUUAGCCAAGUGUAAAGAAAUCAAGGAAAAUAUUAACGAGGGCCUAAAGUUUUAUGUUACUCUUCAGGAUGCAAUCAAUAAUAUCAAGCAGCAAUGCAGUGAUUUUGUGAUGACUCGAAACAUCCAGUGUCGAGAAAUGAUGGAAGAUGUUCAAAGGCAAAUGGCAGGUUUCAACUUCCAGGACCGUGAGAGCACAGGGCCUUACCCUUCAGUUGGACAGCCCCGUCAAAAUCCAAGAUCCAGUACACAGCAGCUAACAGAAUCUCAGAGUAUAUCCCAUCCUUCACCGCAAACCCCUUAUUAUAGGCCUCCUGAGCAGCCAAUGCAUGGGUAUGGUCAUCCUCCUCCCCCAUAUACUGCCCCACAGCAACCAUCUCCUUACCAUGUUCCCCCAUCAACCGUUGCUCCUUAUCCUCCCCCACAUGCCCAACAACAUGCACCAGUCGGCCAUGAAUACGGCCAACCUGCCUAUCCUGGGUGGCGUGGGCCAUAUUAUAAUGCCCCUGCAGAGCAAUCUGGGUCUCAUCCUCGACCUCCAUAUACCAUUCCAAAUCCGUAUCAUCCCCACCAAAGUGGCUAUUAUAAGCAAUGAUCAUCUAUUCCAACCUUUUUCCUUUAUAAAUAAUAUUUUUUAAUCGUGAUACAUAAUGAUUUACUGUAUGUUGUAAUUUCUUCUUUUCUUUUCUUUUUUUUUUGCUUCUUACCUGCUGUGCAAUGGAUAUUGGAUUCACGUAGAUCUUGUCGUGUAACAUAUUCAUUUUGAGCAUUUGACGUCUGUUGGUCCUAAUAAUUUGUAUGUGAUGGCCUGAUUUUCUUUCA